UAUCUCACCUAUAACAUUGACUGCUUAAAUAAUACAUUGUCUGUGUGCGUUAAAUUCAUUUUUAAAUAUUAACUAAAUCGCGAUAUCUUACCCAUUGGUGCAGCAAGUAUGCCAAUUUCCAAGGAAUUUUACGAUAAGACGAGCGAUGGACACUACAUUUCAAUUUAUAGUCUUACAAAUGGUAGUAUGAAAGUGAAGAUCAUUGAUUAUGGCGGAAUCAUCACAAACAUCUUUGUUCCUGACAAGGAUGGUAAAAUGGAGGAUAUAGCUCUCGGUUUUGACACGUACAAGGAUGGUUAUGAUACAAGAAAUCGUUAUUUUGGAGCUCUGGUCGGUCGCUAUGCCAACCGUAUUGCCAAAGGACAGUUUACUUUAGACGGAGUUACACAUCAGCUUGCUGUCAACAAUGGUCCAAACGCUUUACAUGGUGGAAUAAACGGCUUUGAUAAGCGUUUGUGGGCAUCUAGUAUAGAAGGAAACAAACUCGUUCUAAAGUACACUAGUGCAGACGGCGAGGAGAACUAUCCUGGAGAGGUCAAGGUCACCGUAACGUAUCAGCUGACAGACCAGAAUGAACUUAUUCUUGACUACACAGCCACAACGAACAAGAAAACAAUUAUCAACCUUACAAAUCAUUCUUACUUCAAUCUAGCAGGACAUGCAGCUGGUACUUUGGAUGGACAUUUUGUACGUUUAGCAGCCGACAAAUUCACACCAGUAGAUGAUACAAGUAUACCAACUGGUGCGAUUGACGACGUCAAUGGAACCAUGUUUGAUCUAACAUCGGAAACAAACGUGGUUACAAGGUUGCCAAACGUACCGGGAGAUAAAGGCUUUGAUCAUAAUUUCGUUUUGGGCAAGCCUGGGUGGGACAAACAUGCUGCCAGAUUACGUCAUACUCCUAGUGGACGCCAGAUAGACAUGUACACAACAGAGCCAGGUUUCCAGUUUUAUACUGGCUAUUACCUGGGAAUUGACAAUGCCAAAGGUGGCGCUAAUUACCGGAAAUGGAGCGCAUUCUGUCUAGAAGCACAACAUUACCCUGAUAGUCCAAACCAGCCUUCAUUUCCUUCCACAGUCCUGAGUCCCGGAGAAACGUACAGACAGACAACCAAAUAUGUAUUCAGUAUUGCUGAAAGUUAAAAUGUUAUUUGUAUAAUGUUGAAGUUCAAGACUUCGGCUUUUCACAUCUUAGGACAAACGAUAAAACGGGAACACUU